AUGAUAAGGUUUUUGAUAGAAAAGUUUGAAAGCGGAGAGUUCAAGACGACAGAAGGCAAAAGAGUAAUAGAUUUAGGUACCGGAAAUGGACAUUUAUUAUUCCAACUACAUGAGGAUUUUGAAGAGGAGGGUUUAAGUAUACAAUUUGAAUACUGUGGCAUAGAUUACUCACCAGCUUCUGUGAAGUUCGCUCAGGAGAUUGCAGACAAACAGUAUUCUGAAGUUGAUGUGAAAUUUGAGCAGGCUGAUUUGUUGUUGAAAUCUUCCCCGUUUAUAGAACUGAACAAAGGAAAGUUUGAUAUUUUACUUGAUAAAGGUACUUUGGAUGCAAUUGCUUUAAACCAGAACCCACUUACGGACUUUGGAGGAAAAUUGGGAAUGGAUGUAUAUGCUUCUCAAGUUUCUCAGUUAAUGCACAAGAGCUCAGUCUUGCUAAUAACGUCCUGUAAUUUUACAGAGGAAGAACUUAUUAAAAUUAUUUCUGAAGAUAAGUCAACUGGAUUAUCAGUGUGGGAUAAGAUAAAUUAUCCAAGCAUAAAGUUUGGAGGUCAGACGGGCUCUACAAUUUGCACCAUUGCUUUCAUUAAGCAUUGA